AUGGGGGAGGCAAAAGAAAUGGCAACUCCAAUGGAGAUAAAUCUUAAGAUGAAAAAAGAUAAAGAUCCAAGAACUCCUCAUUUAGAGGCAACAAAAAGAAUUCUACGUUACAUUAAGGGUUCAAUUGAUUACAGUCAUACGUAUGAGAAAGGAAAUGAUUUUGUGUUGCAAGAAUUUACAGAUGCAGAUUGGACAGGUGAUAUGGCUGAUCGUCGUUCAACUUCAGGGUAUUGUUUCAAUCUUGGAUUUGCGACUGUUUCUUGGUGUAGCAAGAAGAAUGCCAUUGUUGCUUUGUCCAGUACAGAAGCAAAAUAUAUAGCAGCGACAAUGGCUACCCAAGAAUGCAAUUGGCUAAAAUGUUUGAUAGGAGAUAUUUUUGACAAAGUGGACUAUGUUGUGCAAAUUCAAUGUGAUUAUGAAAAUGCCAUCAAACUUACUUCAAAUUCAAUUUUUCAUGGGCGAACAUAA